AAGAGAACAUCUCCCGGAUAAUCAAACAAUGCUUCAUGAUACGAGUGCUAAUAUGAGAAUGAAGCGCCAAUCGUUCCAGCAAAUACUGCGGCGUCCAUGAGCCCAACGAUUCCCAACGCUGCGACCAUCGCGAACGAUAGCAAGCACGAUUGGAAACAACCGGCAGGUCAGAAACGCGGCGUCUCGCGGCAGGUCAAGAAACCAAAGCGCAGAUCAAUAGUAAGUAGCCGCCGCAAGAAGAAGAAGAGCAAUAUCCAGAAGGCGGAGUUCUGGCCGAUCAAAGACAUUCUUGAGGAGGAGAUCACCACCGACGGGACCACCAGGUAUCUUGUGGAGUGGGAAGGCCUAGAUACAGACGAGCAGCCGUACAAGCCAGAGUGGGUUCAAGACGUCACAGACGACGCGCUUCAGGCCUGGCAAGCGAAGCAAAGGGGCGACCUUAACGAGUCCAGUUGGAGUGACGGUGACAGCGAUAUUGAUAUAGCACCUCUGAUCUCGUCAUCUCAACAAGUUUCAGGGAAGUCUGCGCAGAGAGAAUCAACUUCGCAAACUGGAAACGACUCUCAGUACUGUGAAGAAACCCCUGGUCGGCCUAGGCUUCAUCGCCAAAAAAGAAGACGCACUGUUGUGCCUGAUUCACAAGAUAUCAAGGGUCUGUCUUUGAACAACAACAGUCCUUCAGAAAACUCGGGAAGGGUUUGCGAUUCUCCCCUGCAUAAACGCCAGAAGAUCAUCGUGGAACUAGCCCAGAGUUCUAGCUUUGAUCCUUCGGCAUAUCGCACUGUCCAGCUAUCUCAAGACAUCGACACUCAGCUCGACGUACAAGUAAACAGGCAUUACUCUGCGCAGUCAUUCUCGGCUGCGUCGCCGAAUGAUCACUGUGCCGACGAGAGGAUAAUUCCUGACUCUCAAGAGCCAUCGGCUUUCUCGAAAUCUGAUGCAUCGAACAACGGUUCACAACUACGCGCGGAAUCUCUAGGCGGGACGCUCUAUAAUACAUCAGAAGUACAAGAUCAGAACUUGGCCGUCUUUCCAACCCUCCAACAACAAGAUCUUGAGACCUCUGCCGAAAUUCCAUCACGCCAGCCAGACUUUCGAAGAAGCCGGCAGAAUCUGCAACUGGCAUUGGAGCCUUCUUUUGAGUCAACAAUAAUUGCUCCAACCGCUGCUGGGGACGAGCGGCAUGAAAUUCCGCCACAGCUCCCUGAGCUGCAAACAUCUUCCGACUCACUCGCAUUCCAGACGCAGGAGCCAUUCAACUCACAACCCCGGUCUCCAAUAUCGCCAUCUGGAUUGUCCCAAAUCAACGCGCAUGGGGAAAGAACGGAGUCGCAAGUUGCUCUUCAAUCUUUCCAGACUUUGUUGAAUCCAUCCCGUUACACUUUAUCAACUAGUGGCUCGCGAUCAGAAAUUGGUGAUCUAUCACAGAUCUCGUCACAGGCUGCACAAAUCGUGCCCCACACGCUUAGUCAGUCGCAAGGCAAUCCAAGCCAAUCUCACCUGCUUCGAACAUUUAGCGUCUACAACGACAACCAAAACUACGACGAGAUCAUCCCAGAUUCUUCGCGCCAACCGAUCAACGACGAGAAAGAUUCGCAAAGCUUCAGCAAAUCUGUGAAUGAAUUAGAUGGUAAUUCUAAGCUUUCAUCGUCCACCCCUCUGCAACUAGGAUUAGUUCCUCAGCCACAAAGUGUGCGGCUUCUUUCCCAAAGUUAUAUGGAUAAGUCGUCCUACAGCCAUAAAGCUUAUGAAGCUAAAGCUGUCCUAUCAAGACCCCUUUCUCUUCCACCUUCACAAGGAAUUAAAUCUGGCUUGCAAUUUUCUGAUCGUUCUGUGGUAAGGCAUAGCAGUCAACCCGCAACUCUGACCAACAAGAUGGAGGGCAUAGAUCCAGCUGGUGAGAGGAGGUUGACCGCGAAGGAGAGGAUGCGUCAGAUAAUCGCAAGAAAUUUUGCGGACAAGUCAGACAAUGCGCCACCCACAGACGUAAAUGCGCAAAACAUUGCAGGUGGCUUAGACCCCAUUGCUCCCCCACCUCGAACAUCAGCAGAGCAUGCGGAGCCUCUAACCAUCUCGCCUGCGCUUCUAGUACCUAUAGUUGAGAUGGAUCAUGAUGUGGUAGGCCCUGCUGCUUUGGAAAGCAAAUUAGAGAACGUCGCGCCGAUCAAUCCGCCGGUUUUCGAGAGUACCGCAGUUGGCACAAGUUAUGAUCCAUUACUUGAAGAGCAGCCCGCGACAUUGGACCCGUCAGCUUUGACCUUGUCGAUCGAACAUGACAUGAUGGAGCCAGAUAUUGAGGACGAUGGAAGCCCAUCGAUACCCACGGAUGAUUUGCAACCACACAGCGACGGUCCCGAUAGCACAGAUGAGGGUCUACAAACGAACACUGACGUUCAGGAUGUCCAUGAUGUACAAGAUGUGCAAGAGCCAAACAUUCUUCCCUAUAUUGACUCGCGGCCGAACGAGUUUAUUGUCACACUGUCUUUGGCUAGCAACAUUCGACCACAGUACGUCGAGAUUAUCAAAGAAUCCCGGGACGAUCUUGCGGCAUACAAUGCUAGGUUCACUGAAGCUCCUUAUCAGGCUCCAUCACCUGCAGUGGUUCGCAAGGUCGAUGGUGUGUUCGAGAAGCUCUUAGACAUUUGUGAUUUACCUCCCUUUUUAGAGACGCUUAAGAAGAUAGGGCCAGACAAAGCAGCAAAGUAUAUUAGAACUACCAACAGCAAAUACGCCUUUGUUGGUCACUUCCUAGACCACCUCUCGAGGCAUGCCAGUGCUGAGAAGCGCAUUCUGAUCUUCGCCCGGCCUGGUCCUAUCGUUGAGCUGUUGAACAGCUUGCUGCAGAUGGCUGGUAUGCGACCCGAGGAAGUGCUUGGGGCCCCGGCCACUGAUAGCAACAGUAUUCAAUCCCUGGACAAGUCUUGGGCCAAUGAAAAGAUCCUCGUCACAGUCUAUCCUACUGGGGAUAAGCCGUACGACCUGCAGUCAUAUUACGACGUCGUGAUUGCUUUCGAUCACACCUAUCGCCAAGAAUUCAUGCCAGUACAUCUUAACGAAAAUCCUCCCAUCACCCUAGUGCUCGUAACUACCACUAGUAUUCAACACAUCAAUUUUCGCAUUUCUGAAAAGAUCGAGCCACUCAGUCGCAAGAACUAUCUUCUGCUCGCCUUAUGCGCGUCAACGUCAGAGAUGUUAUCUGGUGAAUCUUCGUCCACUGAGGCUCAUCAAAUUGCCGAACAUUUCGCGGAAUAUAUUAACGCACCUUAUGAUGACGACUUCUAUUGGAGUCCGCAAGAACCCUCAGAAUCUAUCUUCGAGAACAUUGCCGCGAGCUCCCAGGUGGAAGCGACUCAUUCAAGCAUGUUGCCAAUUGCAGGUGUCUCAGGCAUAUCAAGUCGGAAGCGCUCAUUUGACGAGGCAGACGAGACUGAAGCCAAACGUCCGAGGAUGGCUCCGGCUGAAAUAGUCCCGAUAAGCGUGGCAGUUGCACCGCAUAUUCCUGAUGGCUUGAAAGGCUUCAUUGGAAACGACGUACCGGCAAUCGAGGGCAAUCCGGUCGUGCAGAUUUCUGUUGCAAAAGCUGAAUCACUCGCGGCGAAGAUGGCGAGACUGGAGGCAGAAUUAGAGAAGACUCGCGCUCAAAGGGAUCAAUUUCGAGAGCUUGCUGAUCGGAGCAAACUGGAAGUUGACAGCUGGACAAGCUCACUGAAUAGGAUCCAGCCGAAGUAUAUGGCUGCACUUAGAGACCGCGGGAUCUUUCAGAAGGAGCGGGAUGUUGCGGUAAAGAGGCAACAGGAGGUUGUCAACUUACUGCAGUCCACGAAGGACCAGUUGACAGCCACUACCAAAGGCAAUGCAGACCUCAGAACUAAAUUAUCCGAGGCACAAGAGUCCUUGCUUAAUUGCAGCAAUCCUGAAUUAGCGAGAUUGGUGCACAUGGAACAAGAAGUUGAGGAAACACGAGCAAAGUUCGCGGAACUCGACAACAAGGCUGUCCUUGCGAACAAGGAUCGCGACUAUGCUUAUGCCCAGUAUCAGCAGGCUUCGCAAGGUGCGCUUGAUCUCAAGAAGGAUAACGAUGAAUUGCAACGACAAGUGGUCGAGCUUAUGCGAAAGGCCGACGACAACAUUGUCAAAAUCCAUGAUAUUCAGCGGGAUAACGAGACCCGCGAACUUGUGCGCCUCCUUGAUUUGCAGAAAACUAUUGUCAGGGACCGGGAAAACGAACUUAGCCAAGCCAGACUGCAACUUGCCAGCCUUAAGAACGGUCGCCGAGAAACUCGUCAAAGUAGUGUUCCGCGUAGUCCCCGGCUCAACGUCUCUAGCCCUAGGAACCAAGGUCGACGAGCGGCAACCGAAACUGCAACUGGCACAACUAGUCGUCAAUCAAGUCCUGCUGCAAUGAGCACGUUUGAAGUUGGUGGGAAUCUCAUGCCUGGGAUAGGAAGUUUGUUCGCUGGACAGCAGGGCAAUGGAAGAUUUGCACACCUAAGGGAUUAGGUUCCUCAUCGUGACCAAACUUAGUCUCAGAGGUUACACAAUGAGCAUAGAAAAGGUGCAUAUGGGCAACAAAUGAGAUGUGCGGUUUAUGGUUUAUGGUUUAAAUUUUUUUUUUUUUUACAGCUUAGAUGGGGCGCGUACAUACCCGGCUCAAUGAUGCCUCACUUGUUUUGCUGUCGUUAGUAGAAAAUGAAUAUGAUGUAGAUGGCUAUUUA